AUGUCACAGAUCGAGCGCCGUCCCAACAACGAUGGCUCCAUCAGCGUGGCCCGGCUCCUGCCACGGCCCGGCCCAAAAAUGUUUGGCGUCGCGAUCUGGUGGGCGCUCCACUUCGCGUCUGCGCCCUACACGCCGACAGCAGUCGAGGAGCAGAGGUAUCACGACCUCAUGCAGGAGGCGCGGUACUCGAUCGAGGCGCGCGAGGAGGAGGGCCAGGCGCGGGCGCGGCUGAUGCACGCGCAGGCGGGCCUCGACCAAGUCAACGUCUUUUUCUGGCGCUUCCGCGAGCCGUACUCGACCCUCGUGCCGCAGCGGCAGGCGGAGGUCGACCGCGAGAUGGCGGCGUACCGGGCCUUGUCGCGCGAGCGGGAGGCGCUCGUCUCCGAGGCAAAGGCGUCGGUCGGGAUCUGGAGCAGGUACGGCGUUCAAGAGGUGCGCGAGACGUUCUGGGGCGACUACGAGUGGGGCAAGGACCUCGCGAAGCGGAUGAGCUUCUGGGACGUCGUCUUCGGCGUCGGGCGGGGGCGCGACGAGGAGCUGGCCGUGGUGCUGCUGCGCUGGGUGGGGCAGAUCCUGAUGAACUUCACGGUCGGCUUCGUCUCGGCGCUUGUCGCCUUCCUCUUCUCACUCGUCAAGGUGCUGUGGGCCUACAAGACGGGGCUGCUCUCCGGCGCCCUCUUCUUCUUCAUCGCGGCCACGGGCGCCUCGGCGAUGGUUGCGCUUGUCGUGGGCGGCAUGUACACAACCGCCGUCGGGGGCGUUUACCUCGUGGCGCAAAACGCGGCGCAGGCGCGGCUGCAAGGCCCUAACGUGACAGCCUGA